CACCGGGGCGGACGGGCUGGGAGGUGGCCUGAGCCGGUGCAGGGGCCUGGGGGCUGGGGCUAGGUUUGUGUUCGGGUCCCAGACGAGGCGGAACCCGGGGUGUGGGCGGGACGGAGCAGAGCUGGAAAUGGGGCUCAGUGAAGCGGGGAGCACACCCUGAGUGCGUCCUGCGUGCGGAGAGCUCUGAGGGCGCCGGAGCCGAAGGCAGAGGAGUGAAGUCAGGGCUGAGUGGGCGGAAGAGAGCCUGCGCUGAGCAGACAUGGCCACUUACCGCCCGCUAGGACACGUGCAACUGCCCCGAGCUGAUGCCAUUCGUUCUCGUCUCAUUGACACUUUUUCUCUCAUCGAGCAUCUGCAAGGCUUGAGCCAAGCUGUGCCACGGCACACUAUCCGAGAGAUACUUGAUCCUGCCCAUCAGAAGAAACUUAUGUUGGUAGAUCAGCACCAGCUUGUGCGUUUCUCUAUAAAGCCUCGUCACGUAGAACGGAUUACACACAGCCAGAGGCUGAUGAGCAGGUUUCAAGUGCGCUGCAGUCAGAGACCACCUCUUUCUUUGUGGGCUGGGUGGGUCCUUGAGCGUCCUCUCUUCGCAAACUUCAUCAUCUUCCUCAUCUUUUUGAAUACAAUUGUACUGAUGGUUGAAAUAGAACUGCUUGAAUCCUCAAACACCAAACUGUGGCCCAUGAAGCUGACUCUGGAGGUGGCAGCUUGGUUCAUCUUAUUUAUUUUUAUCUUAGAGAUCCUCCUUAUGUGGAUGUCAAGCUUUUUUCUCUUCUGGAAGAAUGCCUGGAAUGUCUUUGAUUUUGUUGUUACCAUACUGUCCCUGCUUCCUGAGGUUGUGGUGCUGGUAGGGGUAACAAGGCAGUCUGUAUGGCUCCAGUUGCUGAGGAUCUGCCGGGUGCUAAGGUCUCUCAAACUCUUUACACGAUUUGCUCAAGUUCGAGUCAUUAUUUUGGCCCUGGCCAGGGCCCUCAAGAGCAUGACCUUCCUCUUGAUGUUGCUGAUCAUCUUCUUCUACAUUUUUGCUGUGACCGGUGUCUACUUCUUCGAGGGUUACACCCGUUCAACUCACCCGGACCUGAAGUACCACAUGUUCUUCUCGGACCUGCUGAAUUCCCUAGUGACUGUGUUCAUUCUCUUCACCAUGGAUCAUUGGUAUGCACUGCUUCAGGACACCUGGAAGGUUCCUGAAGUCAGUCGCAUCUUCAGCAGCAUCUAUGUCAUCCUUUCAUUAUUACUUGGUUCCAUUAUCUUUCGAAACAUCAUAGUAGCCAUGAUGGUUACUAACUUUCAGGCUAUCAGGACCGACCUGAAUGAGGAGAUGACACACCUGGAGGUUCAGCACAAAGCCGACAUAUUCAAACGGCAGAUUAUCCAGAGGAGACAAAACCUGUCCCCUGAGGCACUGAGGUCAAGCCUUAGCAAAAUGGAUACCAGAGAUAUCAAUCAACAAGCGGAAUCUUUGGACUUAUCAGAAACAUUUAAAGAAGAAUCUGAAACCGGUGUCACUGAAGAGGAUUUAAGAGCAUCUGAGUCAAAAACAAAAGACUCUUCAUCAAAAAAGACAAAAUCCACAUCUUCCUCUUCUUCCUCCUUUUCCUCUUCUAAAUCCAGAGAGGUGGACUCUAUUGGUCAGUUGGAUUGGGAGACUCAUGUGCACCAGAAUCUGCCUGGGCUAAUGGACAUGGAUCAGGAAGAACGUGUUGUUUGGCCUAGAGAUUCACUCUUCCGAUAUUUUGAAUUGCUAGAAAAGCUUCAGUAUAACCUAGAGGAGCGUAAGCGCUUGCAAGAGUUUGCAGUGCAGGCACUGAUGAACUUAGAAGACAAGUAAAGCCGACGAUGGAUGGCUUUGGUAUCUUUGGCAACAGAUAAUGAAGGGAACAGUUGGAAAUGGAGAAUUCAGGGUGUAAAUGUUUAAUAAAUACUACUGAUAAUUGCUUAGUGGCCUGUCUCUGAGACAUAAGGGGUACUGAAAGGUAUAAGAUUAGGUGAAAAAGUUAGUUUAAAUGCCAGUGGGGCCUGUGGUCCUUGGCUUUCUACACUUUCCACAGCUACUCAGACUGACUCUUUCCUUGACUUUGUAACUUCCUACCCCACUUGAAAACUCUACUUCCUGAUAGAGUCCUAAUUUUACCCUCUCCUUCCCUGGUGGGUACAGGCCUCUGUGGUGGGGAUUUGGGGUAAGGAGAUCCCUGGAACUGUUGAUGUAACUAAUGAGAACUAUUAUUCCCAUUAUUUAAGAAUAUUGCUUCUCCUGUGUACCAUUAACUUUUUUUUUUCUUUUUUCUUUCUAUGGAGGUGCCAGGGAAUGAACCUGGGGCCUCGUGCAUUAACUUUCUUAAACUAGCUUUUUUUUGUUGCCCUGGCUGGUGGAUUGAGCACCGGCCUACAAAGCAAAGGAUCGCUGGUUCAAUUCCCAUUGAGGGCACAUGCCUGAGUUGCAGGCCAGGUCCCCAGUAGGGGGCAAGCCAGA